AUGGCAGGAUUUCUGCUCAUCACUGUGCUUUUUUAUCUGAGCUGUGACUUAUUUGUUGUUGUUAUAAGCAGACCUGCAGAUGGCACAACCUCAAGGAGAGCCACUGUGGCUUUAAACACAGCUCUAACUUCAACUGAGAGCCUUUUUUCUGCAGGGAAACCCAAUACCACUGAAGUUCCCACCGCAGGAUUCACAACUAGGUAUCGCAAGUCAAUAAACAAACCCACCACAGCUCCAGAAAGUCUGAGUGAAGCUGCUGGUAAAACAACUGAAAGAGAAGAAGAAGGUCCUCCAGAGUUGGAAUGCCCUCCACUGGGUCUCGAGUCACUGAAGGUCAAAGACACACAGCUGAGGGCUUCGUCCUACAAGCGCCGAGGCCUGGGUCCCCACAGGGGUCGACUCAACAUCCAGUCUGGAACAGAGGAUGGAGAUAUCUAUGAUGGGGCCUGGUGUGCUCAGUACAGAGAUAAGAAGCAGUGGCUGGAGGUUGACGCUCGACGGCUGACUCGCUUUAGUGGUGUCAUCCUGCAGGGGCGCAACUCCAUCUGGAGCUGGGACAUUGUGCAUACCUACAAGGUGCAGUUCAGCAAUGACACACUGGUCUGGAAGCCAUGUAUGAACGGGACUGAAGAGGCUAUAUUUGAAGGAAACCAAGAUGCAGAGACACCCGUCCUCGCCCUCUUCAACACUUCCACAGUGGCACGCUACAUUCGGAUCAACCCACAGACCUGGUACCAGAAUGGGACGAAGGGGGACAUCUGCCUGAGAGCUGAGGUGUUGGGCUGUGCACUCCCAGAUCCAAACAGUAUCUAUCCAUGGCAGACAGAGCCCACAGAGUCCAAAGACAAGCUGGACUUCAGACACCACAACUAUAAGGAGAUGAGAAAGCUGAUGAAGUCAGUACAAGAGGAGUGCCCUGACAUCACGCGCAUCUACAGCAUCGGGAAGAGCUUUACGGGGCUAAAGCUCUACGUCAUGGAGAUCUCCGACAAUCCAGGAAAACACGAGCUGGGAGAACCAGAGUUCCGAUAUGUUGCAGGGAUGCAUGGAAACGAGGUGCUGGGACGAGAGCUCCUGCUAAAUCUCAUGCAGUACAUCUGCCAGGAGUAUAAACGGGGAGACCAGCGCAUAGUGCACCUGGUCAAAGAGACCCGCAUCCACCUUCUGCCCUCCAUGAACCCCGAUGGAUAUGAGAUGGCUUUUAAAAAGGGCUCAGAGCUGGCAGGCUGGUCGCUGGGACGUUACAGCUAUGAAGGCAUCGAUAUGAACCACAACUUUGCUGACCUCAACUCAGUGAUGUGGACCGCCAUCGAGCUGGAGACAGACCGGUCCAAACUCAUCAACCACUAUUUCCCCAUCCCUGAACACUACACCACCGAAGAAGCUUUUGUGGCGUCAGAGACCCGAGCUGUCAUCAGCUGGAUGCAGAACAUCCCGUUUGUUCUGGGUGCCAACCUCCACGGUGGAGAGCUGGUGGUCACCUACCCGUACGACAUGACACGGGACUGGGCGCCUCGUGAGCACACGCCCACCGCUGAUGAGAGCUUCUUCCGCUGGUUGGCGGUAGUGUACGCCAGCACCAAUCAGGUGAUGUCCAACCAUGACCGCCGGCCGUGCCACAACAAGGACUUCCUGAGAUACAACAACAUCAUCAAUGGAGCCGACUGGCACAAUGUACCUGGAAGUAUGAAUGACUUCAGCUAUCUGCACACCAACUGCUUCGAGGUGACUGUGGAGUUGUCCUGUGAUAAAUUUCCUCACGCCAGCGAACUUCCCAUCGAGUGGGAAAACAACAGGGAGUCUCUGCUGACUUACAUGGAGCAGGUGCACCGUGGUAUUAAGGGUGUGGUUCGCGACAAGGAUACGGGGGCUGGAAUAGUAGACGCCGUUAUCAAAGUCGAUGACAUUGAUCAUCACAUUAGAUCAGUGGCCGAUGGCGAUUACUGGCGGUUGUUGAACCCCGGCGAGUAUCGGGUGACGGCCACCGCAGAGGGCUACUUCCCCUCCUCCCGCACCUGCCAGGUCAUGUAUAAGCACUACCCCACAAUCUGUGAUUUCCGCCUCACCAAGAUGCCCAAAGAGAGGCUGAAGGAGCUUUUGAUGAAGGGAGGGAAACUUCCCAAAGACCUGCAGCUCAGGCUGCGGCAGCUACGCAUGCGGAAGCUGCGUGUCACCACCAAGGCGAUCAACCAGAGGCGCGCUGCUGCCGCCAAACGGGCAAAGAGGGUGUGAUAUUGAUCGUGAUCAAAGCGAGAACAAAGCAGGACUUGGUUCAAAGACCCACCUUCACAGGAUUCACGCACGCAGUUUAGAAAUGUUUUUAUCUUCUGCUGUGGAGCAGCAGA